GGAGGCAGCGUUAGAACACUGGUACGUAACAGGGUUGGAACAGCAGGGAGCUGUCCCCUCUCUCAUAGCGUCAGUAGGGGACUCCACCUCCUCUCUGCUCUCCAUCCUGUUUGAAGUCAACCCAGAGGACAGCGUUGCAGAGCAGCUGCUCAGAGUCCACUCCCAGCCUGUAGAGAUCAUCUAUGACUCGUUGACAGUGAACAGCAUGGCAGAGUUCUUUAAGACAGGGAAGGGAGUGGACCUGGAGGUGUUGACUUCAGCUACUCUCUCCAAGCUGGAGGAGAUUAAGGACAAGACAGCCACUGGUCUGUCUCACAUCAUUGAGACCCGGAAGAUUCUGGACCUGAAGAUUGACCUAAAGCCUUCAUACCUGCUGGUGCCUAAGUCUGGCUUCUACCAAGCCAAGUCUGACCUGAUGAUCAUAGACUUUGGUAGUCUACAGGUGAGAACAGACGGGUAGUCUACAGGUGAGAGCAGAUGGGUAGUCUACAGGUGAGAACAGACGGGUAGUCUACAGGUGAGAACAGACGGGUAGUCUACAGGUGAGAACAGACGGGUAGUCUACAGGUGAGAACAGACGGGUAGUCUACAGGUGAGAACAGACGGGUAGUCUACAGGUGAGAACAGACGGGUAGUCUACAGGUGAGAACAGA